CCAAUUUGUAAUUUAACUUCGUAAAGAUAUUGUUUAGGGCUGGACUUAGCUGCAGUUACCUCUUGGUGUUGGAAGUAUAUUAUGCUUAUAGGAACUCCUUGAUCCUGCUAUACAUCAUUUCCUUUUUCUUUUCCAAAUUUUUGUCCAUAAUUUUUUGCAACAACUGGCCAAGCUUAUAUAUUAAGGGGUUUACCGAUGGAUUGCAGCACACAUUUGUACCUCAGCAAUGUUGACCUAUGUUGGGUCUGUGCAGGAAAUAAACAGUCAUGUUUGUAUAAUCUACGUUUUGUAUCACAAGGCUUAAAAUAAGUGUGAGAUUAAUUCUCGCUCUCCCCCGUCCCCUUCCUUGAUCCCAAUGUUAUAGAAAUUCUGAAAAAAAAUUCUGAUUGUAUUUGAGCACUCUUAGAAGUAAAACCCAGGCCCUUCUGAUUGUGAAUGAUAAAUCCUAUAGUUUGCUUGUCUUUAUGUUUUUCAACUGGUACUGUUUUUUGUUUAAUUCCUUGUAUUAUAUGCUUUUGCUGAUUCAUAGAGAUCUCCAAUUUGGAACAAUAAGUCUCUAGAGUAACAAGCUGGCAGCUGCCAAUAACUUUGGAAUAAAAGGAAGAAAAUCAGAAACAUUGAAUGUGAUAAAUAGUCUGCUAAUCCCAUCUCCUCCCUCAACAGUUAGGAAGCUUUCAGUUGUCUCAAUUUUGUAUUGAGAAAAAGAAGCAGCAUUCACACAAAAAGAGAGGCUUUCUCAACCAUGGACCUAAUAUGCUCUACUAUAAGGGUUAUAGUCUAUAUAAGUGAAAGUUAGAUUGGUGGCAGGUAGGUACUUCUACUUGCUACUGAGGAUAUAACAAAGACCUUGAAAGCUGCUUUUUCAAGUGUCAAGUAGCAGAACGCUUUGUCAAUCGGGGAGAUGGACAUACACAACCUACCAAAGAUAGUAUUGAUUGUGGUUUUCCUAGUGCUGCACCCAAGUGGAUCAAGAAGCCAAUGGGUGCCUCAGCCACCUAUUGUCACUCGUCCGCUUUGUGCCUCUCAAUUUGCACUUGUGAAUCAUGCAUGUUCAUUGCUUCCAUACAAUCCAGGGCCUCCACCAUCUCCACCAUCACCUCCUCCACCACCACCGUCACCUCCUUCUCCUCCAGAGAGAAGACACAGACACAAGCAUGGACGACACCACGUUCAUAAGGAAACUCCUGUAGAAGAAGAGUGCUGUAGGUGGAUGAAACAAGUCGAUAGUGAAUGUGUCUGUGAUCUGCUGGUUCGCUUGCCUCCUUUCCUUUCUAGGCCUGUACACCAGUAUACUGUUGUGGUUGAUUCAUCUUGCAAUGUUACUUUCGAGUGCGGUUCGAGGAUAAAGUUUGAAACUCAAAUGUUACCCCAGUUUCCCUGAUGCCCCCCAUCUCACAAUAACCUUUCACAGGAAUUAUGGUAUACUGGUGUUUGUUUAUCUUUGUUAACUAUAGCUUCUUGAAAUUGAAAAAAAAAAAA